GUUCAGCCGCGGCGGAGAAGCCAGAAGCCCGGGCUGCCGUCGCGGGCGGAGGACCGCUAGAGGACAGCGCAGGUCCUGCCCCUCCCUUCCUCUUGGGAGCGCUUUCCCCUCCGCCAAGCCCCACUCCAGGUGGCCAUGACCUCACUGCCUGCUCGGAACCCCAGGGUCCCUGACUUGUUUUCUGGGCUGCCGGCAGCAGCCACAACUCCGGCUAACCAGAGCACAGAGGCCUCGCCGGGCAACGGGUCAGCAGCAGGCCCCGGCGCGCAGGCCAUCACGCCAUUCCAAAGCCUGCAGCUUGUGCAUCAGCUGAAGGGGCUGAUUGUGCUGCUCUACAGCGUCGUGGUGGUCGUGGGGCUGGUGGGCAAUUGCCUGCUGGUGCUGGUGAUUGCGCGAGUGCGCCGGCUGCACAACGUGACCAACUUCCUCAUCGGCAACCUGGCCCUGUCAGACGUGCUCAUGUGUGCCGCCUGCGUGCCGCUCACGCUGGCCUACGCCUUCGAGCCACGCGGCUGGGUGUUCGGCGGCGGUCUGUGUCACCUGGUCUUUUUCCUGCAGCCGGUCACCGUCUACGUGUCGGUGUUCACACUUACCACCAUAGCAGUGGACCGUUACGUCGUGCUGGUGCACCCGCUGCGCCGGCGCAUCUCGCUGCGCCUCAGCGCCUACGCGGUGCUGGCUAUCUGGGCGCUGUCCGCGGUGCUGGCGCUGCCCGCCGCCGUGCACACCUACCACGUCGAGCUCAAGCCACACGAUGUGCGCCUCUGCGAGGAGUUCUGGGGCUCCCAGGAGCGCCAGCGCCAGCUCUACGCCUGGGGGCUGCUGCUUGUCACCUACCUGCUCCCCCUGCUGGUCAUCCUCCUGUCUUACGUCCGGGUGUCGGUGAAGCUUCGGAACCGCGUGGUGCCGGGCUGCGUGACCCAGAGCCAGGCGGACUGGGACCGUGCGCGGCGUCGCCGCACUUUCUGCUUGCUGGUGAUGGUCGUGGUGGUGUUCGCCGUGUGCUGGCUGCCGCUGCAUGUCUUCAACCUGAUGCGGGACCUUGACCCGCAAGCCAUCGACCCCUAUGCCUUUGGGCUGGUGCAGCUGCUCUGCCACUGGCUCGCCAUGAGCUCUGCCUGCUACAACCCCUUCAUCUACGCCUGGCUGCACGACAGCUUCCGCGAGGAGCUGCGCAAGCUGUUGCUCACCUGGCCCCGCAAGAUCGCACCCCAUGGCCAGACCAUGACCGUCAGCGUGAUCAUCUGAUGCCCUGUGCCAGGCCUGGGCUGGAGAGUUCCAGGUUCUCUGGCCUCCAAGGUUGGACUGGAGACCUUAUUUCCAGAGCUAAACCAACACAAGGGAAAAAUUUCCAACCCAGACUGUUUGUCUAGCGUCCUGUCUUGUUCUUGUGUCUUUUAAAAUGCUAAGUGGGCUUUGCAGUGUAGGAGGCCAGGGAAGAGGAUUUAUUAUUUCUUCCUUAUGUCCUGGAAAGACAAACAGACCUUUCUCUGGGGUCAGAAAACGUUUUAGAACCAUGGUUUUCAUCCCUGCUUUCUCUUCCUCUUGCUCAGUGGUGAUUAAGGAACACUGUGGGUGGGAUUCCAAAUGGUCUAUUGGGGUUGGCAGAGGUUUUCAGCUUGCCUUUUUAAAAGGACUCAGCUGAGAUAAUGCCUGGUAUUCUUACAUCAACUUGAACCCUUGACUCCAGGAUUUCAGGUGAAUAUGUUUUACAACUCUUUACUUAGGAUUUCAGCAUUUCCUGAAUAAGACCAUUAGGCACAAAAGGAUUUUAGUUUUAAAACCACUUGAGUUUAUAGUACAAAACCACUUACAAACUGCCUUUCAAAAAGUCUUGUUUUUGUUGUCCUUUGUUAUUACUCCUCAACUACUAUUUUAAAAUGAUGAGAUGGAUUAGUCAAUGAAUAGAUGGCUAAAGAGAAAAAGGUCCAGUUCAUUAAGGGGACAUAUAACUAAAGGACACAAGGACAGGCAUUGUGCAUGUGUGUGUUUGUGUGUGUGUGUGUGUGUGUGCGCACCCAAUGUUUGCCACAAGGCAGGCACUCAAAUAUUUUAUUGGUGUUCUGAACGCUCAAUGUAAACUGUAUGCCACAGCAAUUCUCCUGCAUUCUCUAAUUGCUCAAUUGCAACACAUCAGCAGCUGUCGUCUGACUGCUCAGCACCUGCUCCUUAGAGACACUUGGAACAUAUCAACCCUGAAUAGAAGGACUGGGAGAAGUUUCCUUAAGGACAGCACAGGAAAAUACGCUGCUGUCCAUAAGAUGCACAGAUCCAACAGUUCACUAAUUACUUCCAGGGUUAAGGGAACAGGUGAAGACUGUUGGGCAUGGUAGCAGGCUGAUAAUUAUCAUGUUAAUCUCCUGAGAGUUAAGGAGGACAAGUGCCCUGAGACAAGGGUCUCCAUAAUGAAUGUUAGAACAGCAAUUGGGGCCAUGAGAGCAGGAGCCUUGGGAAAUGAUACUCAAUACCCAGCUGUCAGAUCAGCCCCUGUGGUAUGUGAGGCACGAACUAGUGUCUACAGCAACUCAGUCAAUGCUUCCCCUCCUCUUGGUUCUCUAACUCCCAGAAAUGAGUUCAUUCACUUGCUGAAGUGCUCUGAAAGGCAAGGAGAGAAAGGUUGGUAUUGGGAUGACAAGUAUUAAAUCCUGAGACCAAUGUCAACCAUGAUAGGAGAGGACACAUUUGUGAUUGGGCCAGGCAGCCAGAGGAGUCUUUAGUAGCUACAGGGUUGGCCUCUUCAUUGUGCAGGAAAGAGCAGGGAAGAGCUGGCUUUGAAGAAAGAACUAGGCAGUUUAAGAGGGGAGGUAGAAGUUACCUCUGGCAAUGUCACCAAGCCACUUAGCCUUGUCCAAGUAUUGGAGGACGAAGAAUCUAUGCUCUAAUAAUGUAGCCCACUGCCAUAGCAUAUUGUCAUAGCAUCGUGUCCCCUGCCCCAAAUGAGCUUAUCUCCCAGGUUUCCCAGGAAGUUUGUGAGACUGGCCUUCAACUUGUGAUCCUCCUUUCUCAGUCUCCUGAAUCACUGGGAUUACAGGUGUUCAUCACCUGCAAUGUCUCUUUCUUGUACGGUUUAAAUCACUGUUUCUCAGCCCUGGGUACUCCUAGUAUUACCUAGGAGCCUUCAGAAAAAACAUCAAUGUCUAAGUCCUACCCCUAGAGAGUCUAAUUGACUCGAGAUGAUGUCUGGGCAUCUGCAUUUUCUAUAGCACUUGAAGUAAUUUUGAUGUGCAUCCAAUAUUACGCAGUUUAAGAAUUCCCCUUUUCUAAUGAGCCUCAGAAACAUCCAAAUGAAGAUUCAAUUGUAACUGCCAAAGGUGUUAAGGAUUUGACAGCAAGCUGCAUGUCAUACAACUCUUCAGACAACACCUGAUUUAUCAUACACAAAGAAAUCCUUUUGCUUGAAUAUACAGGUAUUCAAUCACUAGUUCUCACAUAAUCCUGUGUGAGGCACUACUUUGUGAGUUUUACCAGUUUGGAAGAAACAUCAACUUCAGGUUAAUUGCACCUUAAAGUUAUAUGCCAUAAAUUCUUCCAAGUUCUCAUUGUCAGGGUGUUAAAAAAUUAAAAUGUUCCCCGAUUAGCUUAAUUUGAGUCUAUAUUAACUGUGAGAAGAAAGAGUCCCCAUUAAUCAUUAGAAAAGCUGCCACCCAUUUCUGUCAUGUCUACAAUGUAAAGUUUUUGACAUUUGUACAGAAUUUAUGGAGAGCUCAAAGAGGUGGGAGAAUCAUUCUGGGUUUAUAAACAUCUUUACAAAUUAUGAAAAUUGGUAACUGAAUAGCAAUUAUUGUUACCACAUGUGACAUCUAUUUGAGACUAAUUUAAUUAAAAAAAUUCUCAGAGAUGAGUUACGGAGAAACCCGUAUAGGACUGUAGGUAGAAAAUUGUAUUUCGUAAUUUAUUUUGAUUAAUCUAAGCACCUAAUAUGUGUACCCAGGCUGUUCCUGCAGGGAGUCAGACAGAAGCAAAUUUGGGCACUGAUCCAGCUUGGGACUUGGCAGCAGCCAUGCCCAAGGCUGAUAGAGGCUCUGUAAUCCUCUUUGCAAGCCUUGUCCCCAGGUCUCAGUUUUGGCAGUCAAUCAAUAGAUUUAUCUCACUAAAUCGGCAGAGGAGUGUUUCAAUAUGUGUUGGCAACAGUUGCCUGGAUAAAGAACUGCAAGAGAUGUAACAAUAUUCCAUUGAUGUAACCUUCCUGAGUUUUUGUUCUUAUGAAUUUUCAGGCUGAUCUUUUAUGGAAGCAGCUCAUUUUCAUAUUUAUUAUCUCAGGAAGGCUAAGUCUACCACCUCUGUCCUGUGGUUUGCACGUCUGAACAUUGAGUCUUUCAAAUGCAGGGCAAGGAAGUUACUUCAAUGGGACCCAGGCAGGAGUGUGGCUUGAUCCUGGAGUGAACACAAGGCCUAUCCCCCAUAAAGCAUUAUUUAAAGGUCAGGUCCUCAGAAUCACCUCUGUUUCCCAAGGUAUGUCCUUGAAAGAUUUACCUUCAUGUGUUCAUGUCUUUCCUAUGAUGCUUGUGUUGUUGAGUCGCUAUGGAAAGCUCUUGUACUAUGUUUGAUAUGUUGUGCGUGCUCAAUAAAAAUUAAAUCAUUGGCACAGUCUCCAGCCAUGGGAUAAUAAGCCAAGUCAGUUACCUACAACCUAAGGAUGGCCAAGGUCAAAGCAAGGAUAAAUCAUGCCAAGGAAAAUAUACUCUUCGAUCUAGAUUUGUCAGAACCAAGUAACAUCAGAGAUGACUGUUCAUUUUGGGUUUUCUGUGACCCCA